GGAGAGUGCUCUUGCCUGUAAAACGCAUUCUAAUCUAGACAAGACAAUGUGAGAGAGUGAUUAGAUACCACCUGCAUCAUAAAUUUUGAAGAAAUGUUGUCGGUAGGAAUAGUCUUUGUCAGUUUUAAUUAAAUAGAAAUCAAUUAUGGUAUUGCCUAGCCUUGCCCAAUAGCUCUCAUGGGUUCGCCAAUCUUCUUCCUUCUACUCUCUUUGGCAUUUUCAUUCCCACUAUCAUCUUCAGCAUUGAUUGCUAUUAGUAACGGCACAUCCAUAUCAGUAGAGAAACCAGAUAGUCUGAUAUCACCAAAUGGCGACUUCUCUGCUGGCUUUUAUUCUGUGGGUGAUAAUGCCUAUUGCUUUGCCAUUUGGUUUUGCAACUCACGCACCGUAGUUUGGAUGGCAAACCGUGACCGGCCAGUUAAUGGUAAGCACUCAAAGCUCUCUCUUCUCAAAAAUGGCAAUCUGAUCUUAACUGAUGCCAAUAAAUUAAAUGUUUGGAUCACAAACACUGUCUCACUCUCCUUUGUCCAAUUAUCUCUCUACAACACCGGUAACCUUGUUCUAUGCAAUGUGGACGGUGUUAUUUUGUGGCAAAGCUUUGAUUUCCCUACAGAUACCCUUCUUCCUCAACAACUACUCACUAGAAACAUCAAGCUUGUCUCCUCAAGAAGCCAGAGCAAUUAUUCCACUGGUUUCUAUGAGUUUUUCUUCAACAACAAAAACAUUCUCCGCCUUUUUUAUAAUGAUUCUGGGAUUUCCAGUACUGAUUAUUGGCCUAACCCAUGGCUUACACUCUGGGAUACUGGAAGGAUCUCCUACAACAAUAGCAAAACAGCUGUCCUUAAUUCCUUGGGGAACUUUAGUUCAUCCGAUAAUUUAACUUUUGUGUCAGCUGACUAUGGAGCAGUACUUCAUAGAAGAUUGACACUUGAUUACGAUGGUAACAUUCGAUUGUACAGUUGGGAAGAGGAGGGGCAGAGUUGGGUUGUUUCAUGGCAAGCCAUUCAGAAACCUUGCGAGAUGAUUCCUGGUGCUUGUGGGGCAAACGGUUUGUGCAGUUAUGUUAUUGGUUCCGGCAGAAAAUGUUCCUGCCCACCAGGAUACAAGAUGAAAAAUCGUAUUGAUUGGGCUGAUGGCUGUGAACUCGAAGUUGAUCUCUCUUGCGAGCAAAAUGAGUCGGGGUUUCUGCAGUUAUCCCAGGUUGACUUUUACUCGUAUUAUGGGAAUGAUUUUGGGCUGUUCAACAAUUACAGCUUUGAUCAAUGUAGGGAUCUAUGUUUGGCCUCUUGUGAUUGCGAAGCGUUCGAAUACAGCUUUAACGAGUAUUACGGUUAUUCAAAAUGUUCUCCUAAGACACGAUUGCUAAAUGGGUAUCGUACACCGAAUUCAAAUGGAGACCUCUUUUUGAAACUACCGAAAAGCAAAAUCUCGUCCCUCCUCAAUCCUCUAGAAGAAUUCAAUUUAACUUGCCCAGGCGAUGGUACAAUACAAAGUGGUAGAAACAGGACACAAAAAUUCAUGCUUUGGUUUGCUUGUGGAGUGGGUGGACUUGAAAUCAUCUCUUUCUUUCUGGUGUGGUGUCUUUUCAUCAAAAUCGAGAAAAGUUUAGGUGUUGACAAGCAAGCCUAUGAUCGUGCUGCCAUCGGAUUCAGAAAUUUUACAUACACAGAACUAAAAAAGGCCACAAAGAAUUUUAGUGAAGAGAUCGGAAGAGGUGCGGGAGGAAUUGUCUACAAAGGGGUGUUGUCUGACAAACGAGUUGCCGCAAUCAAACUUCUCAAAGAAGCCAGCCAAGGAGAUGGUGAAUUUCUAGCUGAAGUAACCAUCAUUGGAAGGAUUAACCACAUGAACUUAAUAGAGAUGUGGGGUUAUUGUGCAGAGGGAAAGUAUCGGCUUUUAGUAUAUGAGUAUAUGGAGCAUGGUUCUUUAGCAGAUAACCUUUCAGCUAAUGUACUUGAUUGGGAAAAAAGGUUCAAAAUUGUUGUGGGCACUGCGAAAGGCCUAGCCUAUUUGCAUGAAGAUUGCUUGGAUUGGAUUUUGCAUUGCGAUAUAAAGCCUCAAAAUAUACUUUUGGACUCAACUUAUCAACCAAAAGUGGCAGAUUUUGGCCUGUCAAAGUUACAAAAUAGAGGUGUCCUUAAGAAUUCAAGCUUCUCAAAUAUAAGAGGAACACGAGGUUAUAUGGCUCCAGAAUGGAUUUUCAAUCUACCUAUCACCUCCAAAGUGGAUGUUUAUAGCUAUGGGAUUGUUGUGCUAGAAAUGGUGACAGGAAAAGGUCCAUCAAGGAGUGUCCAUGCAAUAGAUGAUGGUAGGGAGGCAGAGCACAAAAGGCUGGUUACAUGGGUGAGGGAAAAAAUGAAGAAAGUGGCUACAGAUACUUCCUUACUUGAAGAAAUCAUUGAUCCAAUGUUGGUGGGUAAAUAUGACAUAUUUGAGAUGGAAGCUUUGGUUCAUGUUGCUCUACAAUGCGUAGAAGAAGACAAAGAUGAAAGACCUACUAUGAGCCAAGUAGUAGAGAUGCUCUUACGCCAAGAAAAAGUCAGUGAUGUUGUUAUAUUUGACGAGUGUAGUGAUGAGUGAAGCCUCAAGGCCUACUAAAUAUGAUAUCUCAAGUGACUACCAAAUUUCAUUCAUAAAGCAAUCAUAAUUGUGAACCUGUUCUCUCC